AUGCAGACCCUUCUUGAUGCAAAGUCUUUAACUUCCUUGAAUCUAGAGUUCGUCGUAAUACCGGAUGACUUUAAUAAUGAUCCUCCUAUAGGCCGCCUUCCCUGUUUGAAAACAGUGUCCCUCACAAAUGUGAACAUGCAUUACGGGACUUUUGCCCAAUUAAUUUCAAGUAGCCCUUCCCUUGAGCAUUUGUCAGCAUCUAUAAGUUUCCCUCGUUAUUAUAAUUAUAGUCUACCUUCCUCCAGUCUCAAAUCCUUUGAAGUUAGAAUUUUCAAUUCAGAAGUGGUUCGAGUCAUUGAAGCUAAGAGUCUUGAAUCUUGUACCUUGGUUUUAGAAUCUCCAAAGCAGAUUAAGCGUAUACAGUUCGAUCGUUGCGAAAACUUGAAACAUUUGAGCAUUCGUGCUCCGCAGCUCCCAAACUUUACACUACAACUGCAUGGUUGCAAACAUCUUGUGAAUGCCUAA